UACGCGGCCAGAGGCAGGAAGAUCCCGGAAGUGGAAGUGGGUCGGUGGGCUGUGUAUGUGUGUGGAAGUCCUGAUGGCUUCCGGGGAGCAGUUAGUGGCGCUCGUGGCGAUCCUUCUGGCGGCCCCGGUCCCUGGCCUGGCGGGGGCGGUGGCCGAGGACGGCGAGUGGGUCAAGCUGCCCAGCAAGUGCGAAGUGUGCAAGUAUGUGGCUUUGGAGCUGAAGUCCUCCUUUGAUGAGACUGGCAAGACCAAGGAGGUGAUUGACACAAAAUACGGCUUUUUGGAUGGCAAGGCAUCCAAAAUCAAGUACACAAAAUCGGACAUUCGUCUAAUUGAGGUGACAGAAAACAUCUGCAAAAGGCUUUUAGAAUAUAACCUGCACAAAGAGAGAUCGGGGAGCAACAGAUUUGCAAAGGGCAUGUCUGAAACAUUUGAAACUCUUCAUAAUUUGGUGCACAAAGGAGUCAAAGUAGUGAUGGACAUCCCUUAUGAGCUGUGGAACGAAACCUCAGCAGAAGUGGCUGAUCUUAAGAAACAGUGUGAGGUAAUGGUGGAGGAAUACGAAGAUGUGAUUGAAGACUGGUACAGGAACCAUCAGGAGGAAGAUAUUUCCCAGUUUCUUUGUGCAAAUCAUGUCUUGAAAGGAAAGGAUACAAGCUGUCUGACAGAGAAAUGGACUGGCAAGAAAGGAGACUUGGCAAAUUCAGGGAAGAAGAAGGCUAAGAAAAAGGAAAGCAAGGGCAAAAAGUCAAGCAAAAGUAAAAAGAGCCAAAAGGAUGAAGUGGAGCAAGAGAAGGAGACGAUGAAGCCAAGUGCCAGCGAAGGACCUGACCGAGCAGAGGAAGAAGAGGUUGUUCAAAAGACAGCCCCACUGUUACACAGCACUGAUGAAUUGUAGGUUCUUGAAGAUCACACUCUGCCCAUGCUUACCUUGCCAGUUUGUAUUUGGGCCAGAGAACUAUGCUUGCGCCCCUUGGAGAUUCACAAUGGAGUUUCUCACUUCCUUGAUGGAUAGUGCAAGUCUGUCCUUGAAGGACAUCUCUUAUGGUCACUUGAACUUGAGUUAUCCAGUGUUAAUUGUACCUCAUUGCAGGUGCAGGGUAUAUGGAACCCAGGUAGCCUUUGUCAUCCUUGAGAGAACAGUCAGGCAGAAAGAGAGAAUGUGAAGGGCUGGCUAUCUAGCCAGAUGUCUAACCUUCAGAAGCUGAGCCUACUGUCUGUGCUGAUUUCUCCCCACUACCUUCUGUGGGUUUGACCUGCCAAAAACAACUAGAGAGAGAGGCAAAGGGGGAAGUAUAAGACUGUAAGAACAAUCAUGUGGCAACUAUUUUCAGCCCAUAGUUACAAGACAUGGCUGUAGCCAAGAUAAUCAGCCAAGCAGGUUCUAACUUGGUAUAUUCUCCAAGUAAAUUCCUUGGAAAAUGGGCCCAAUUCACCCCUUCAUUUGAGUUUGUUGGGAGAGAAGUGGAGGUUCUACCAGUGGAAUUAAGGAUGCUGUGCUUUUGUUGCGAUACUUUUUUAAAAGGUUCUCUUCUUGGGUCAGGCGGAUCUUUGCUGAUGUCUUUGAUGUUCCCUCCCCCUUCCUGCAUUUGCUUUCUGUUGCUGCAGUGAACCUGCUUCCUAAAAGACUGUAAAUAAAUUUGAUGUUUUUUGCAUA